AAUUUGAUACUGAAGCUAUCCUUACUUUUGAUCGCCAAGUCAAAUGUAACGUUUUUAUAUGUCAUUUUAUUAAUAAUAAUGUAACAUUUUUUUUAUUUUAUUUUAGUACAAGAUGAUACAAGGAAAAUAGAGAUGGAAAAUUACAAAUUGAAAAAUGAAUUGAAGCAUUACAAAGAAAUGUAUCACAACGUGGAAAUGUUACGGGAAGAAAAAUAUAGUCUAGAAGCAAGGGUACGUAACAUGGAACAAUUAUCAACAGAAAAUGUUCGUUUGGAUUUGGAAAAUACCCGUUUGAAGAUGGAAAAACUGGAAUGGGCGGGCUAUCUCGAAAAAGAGGAUGGACUUGAUAUUGAAACACCUCAAGGACUAGUUUACAAUCUCACCAAAGAACGUAAUGAAUCAAGAUGGAUAGUGAAUCAAAUUGAUGUAUUCAAGAAAGAAAUGGAAAAUCGCGAUCAAUUGAUAUUAAAACUUGAAACACAUAUGAACGAGCUUAAGAAAACAAUUCAGGAUAAAGAUCGCCUUCAUCGUUCAGAUGUAUUUGCCAUGGAACUUUUGGAAAAAGAUAAGAUUAUGCUACGAAAACACAUUGAAGCACUGGAAAAUCAAUUCAAAUUAUAUGAUAUUGAAGAAAGCAAUUAUAUGGAAGGCAAUUAUGAUAUACAAAAGACGCAACGUAUUCAACAAUUAGAAGAAUUACUCAAAGACUUUGAAGGUCGACUCAGCGAUCAAGGAAAAGAUAUCAUCAAAUCUCAAAUGGAGGCCAGUUACUCAUCUCCGGGAACAAUCUCACCUGGUCCAUAUUUCGAACUUGCUUCUGGUCAAUCAUUAUUUGAAUUUAUGUCCAACUUGUCACAGAAAAAGCUGGAGUACAUGGAAGAUACAAAGACGUUACAAAGCAAUCUCAACAAUGCUAAUAGUCAAAUCAACAUCUUACGAAAUCAGUUAUCAUUAUUACAAGAUUAUUUUGGACGGCAUGGAAUGGAUCCUUCAUCGACUGUCAGCAAAGAAAACAACAUUACUCAAGCAAACAAUGCUACAGAUACUUCAUCUGAUCAUGUUCGCAUCUUGGCACUCAAAGAAAAUCCAGCAUCUGUUGAAUAUGGUAUUCGAAAACGUCAGCUUGAAAAUUUACGACAAGAAAAUAAGAUCCUUUUGGAGCAAUUACUGCAUUAUCAAACAUCAACUAUUGACAGCAGUAUGGAUCUAUCUGAUGACAGACAAGAUCAAGAAACCAUCAUGAUCUCUAUUCCCAAGAAGACUUUGCAAAACAUGGAAGAUCAAAAACAAGCUCUGGAACAAGAAGUAGCCAAAAGAGAAAAACGUAUUGCUCGAAAAGAUGAGGCGUAUCAAAGACAAUUGGAUCAACUUGCUGAUAUUAUGCCUGGUGUACUUGGAUACCGUUUGAAACCAACAUACGAUGGGAAAAUGGUGCUUUUAGAAUCAAGUUACGUAAAUAGUAAAGACUUAUCGUUUCAGGUCAUGUUCUUGAAAAACGGUCAAUCAACAGUUAAGGUACUCGGUCGCAACAAACAAGAAUAUCUCCGAACUUUACAAAGUGCCUACGAUACUUUUAUCACUGAGAGAAAAAGUAUUCCUGGAUUUUUGAGUGCUGUCACUUUGGAUUUACAAGACAGACAAGCCCAUAUCCAACCUGAUAUGUAUGAUCCAACAGUGACCCGUGAUUAUGACAGUCAUUCUUAUUCUGAAGAGGACCCAUUGACAGAUGUUCACGGUCAUGAAUUAGUGGAACCAGCCGCCAUCGAUCGUGAAGAUGAAUUGGAUACUGAUUUUGUGGCACAAGCAGACGAUAGUGGUGACAAUGAUUAUAUAGAAUGUAUUCCUGAUGACGACGAAGAAAACAACAAUGAUGGAUACGAUGAAGAUCGACUGAAAUACUUUGAAGGUGAGGACGAAGAAGAUACCGAAGACUAUGAACCAAAAUACGAAAACAGGGAAAUCCAUAAUCAAGAACGAUCUCAGGAAGCCACCUAUGAAGAAUACAGCAAUAAUGACGACGAUGAUGACAAUGGUAACGAUGAUGAUGAUGACGAUUUGAUUGACAACGAAAUAAAACAGCAUGAACAUGAUCAAACGGAAGUCAUGGAUGAAGAAGAUGAACUAGGUUAUGGGGAAAAUGAUGGCGAUGAAGACGAGGAGGAUGAAGUUGGCGGCAACGAAGAUGAAGAUGAAUCCAUGGAAGAAUCUGAUGAGCAACAACAACAGGGUCAAGAAAACGAUCCUAUCUCCCUGGAUGAUGAUUCAGAUUGAAUACUUUGUAGUUAGUUUAGUUUAGUUAUUGGUUGUAUUAUCUUUUUUUUUUUUUAAUAUCUCCUUUUGAAUAAAACGAUGAAUCAAAAUGAUGGAUUCCUCUUUUAUAAUA